AUGAGUUAUCAACAGCCCGAAGAGUAUUUUAAUAACCUACUACCUCCACAAAAUAAUAACCGUCAACCCCAACAGCAAGAAGUGGAAAAUUACUUGGCCUCUAGUAAUCCCGUGAAUGCUUUUGCUACCUCUGCGCCAAUAAACUAUAACACACCUUCAGUAUUCACUAGUGGAGGACUGAGAGACAGUAACUCCGAGUCUUCAACUCAGCAAUCUUCAAACCUAUUAAGUAAACAAGCCGAGGCACAAUCAUUGCAACCUUCACCUUAUGACAUUUCAAAUAUACCUUCCUCAAUGGACCCUUUUAACUUGAGUAAUGUUAUAAGUAGUGGGCUUGCUAACAUGGCAGCAGGAAGAGGAGGGGUUAGUGGAGGUAGUGGGGAUGGAUCAAACAUAUCUGGACCACUGAAUCCUGCAAUGUUAGCACCAAUGCUAGGGUCUAUUAAUCCGCUUCCAGGACAGUCUGGUGGAUUAGGUCAUGGAGUAUCGAAUUUUCCUGGUCUAUAUUCAAGUACUGGAUUUGAUAUGUUAGGCGUAUUGGCACGAGUAGCAGCAAGACCAAAUCCACAAAUAAAUAUCGGUCCUGUAGAUAUGAGUUGUUCAUUUUUAGUUGUCGACGCCCGAAAAUAUGAUUUUCCGAUAGUCUAUGCGAGCCACACUUUUGAAAAACUCACGGGAUACAAUAAUUCGGAAAUAAUCGGUCGAAAUUGUCGGUUUUUGCAAGCUCCUGAUGGACAUGUGGCUCUAGGAUCACGCCGCCGUUAUACCGAUAACAAUGCCGUAUAUCAUAUAAAAAGCCAUAUGGUAUCUGGCAAAGAAUGCCAGGCUUCUAUUAUAAAUUAUAGAAAGGGUGGUCAGCCAUUUAUAAAUUUGGUGACCGUCAUACCAAUAACUUGGGAUAGCGAAGAAAUUGCAUAUUUUGUAGGCUUUCAAGUGGAUUUAGUUGAACAACCAAAUGCAAUUCUUGAAAAAAUGAAGGAUGGAACAUAUGUGGUUAAUUACCAGCUAAUGAAUCUACCGACAUAUGUUCCACCCAAUUCAUCGUUCAUUGGACAAGAAGUAAUAGUUGACGAUUACCUUCGCGAGAUAUCGGGUGGUACUAUGCCAUUUCCUGCGUCCCCAGAGGUAUUCGAUUUGAUUGGUGGUAAUGCAGAUACGGAAGUGAGCAAACGACUAUGGAACAAGAUGCUGCUCGAGCAUUCAGACGAUUUCAUUCAUGUACUUUCAUUGAAGGGAAUAUUUCUUUAUUGCUCGCCAAGUUCAAGAAGGAUGUUAGAAUAUGAACCGGAUGAAUUGGUAGGAAAGAGUUUAUCAACGAUAUGUCAUCCAUCGGACAUUGUACCAGUGAUGCGUGAAUUAAAAGAAUCCUCGAAUGGUGUCGAGGCGGUGAAUUUAGUAUAUCGUAUUCGACGAAAGAACACCGGAUACAUGUGGCUUGAAGCACAUGGCAAAUUACAUUUGGAACAAGGAAAAGGUCGUAAAUGUGUGAUAUUAUCUGCUCGUGAACGGCCAGUCUAUAAGUUAACGUGGAAAGAUUUGCAAAUAGCGGGAGGCAUUUCUGACAAUGAAUUUUGGGCGAAACUUUCUGUUGAUGGAUUAUAUCUGUAUGCUUCAUCAGCCUGUCAAUCUACGCUAGGAUAUACUCCUGAAGAGCUAGUGGGAACUUCAUUAUAUCAUCUGGUUAGAUCAGAUCGUACUACUGAUAUAACAAGAGCACUAAGUCAAGCACGUAUAGGAGUAUCAGUAAAUCUGAAACACAAUAUUCACAAAAAGAAUGGACAAUAUGUCGAGGUAAUAUCGACUUUUUAUCCAGGUGAUUCUGGAGCAAAUCAGAAACCAUCAUUUGUUAUAUGUCAAUCAAAAGAAGUACUACCAGAACCUCGACGUCGUUCAUCAUCCACUUCCACCACACCAAAUCUCCAAAGCUUAUCCCCAAUGACAUCUUCAGGUUCACCAGAUGGAUCAUCGACAUUUUCGAGUUCAUCUGGUGGAUCAACACCAACUCACCCGAUACAUCUUCGUAAUUUUUCGAUUGAACAUGCAGAUACCGAUAAUAUCUUUGAAGAAUUGGAUACGACACGAAGUUCCAGCUGGCAAUAUGAAUUACAUCAAAUGCGACUAACAAAUAAGAAGCUUCGUGAGGAACUCGAAGCAAUCAAACAUUCUAAGAAGAAGCGGAAGAAGAGAAGUGCAUCAUCUUCAAAUAAGGUAUGUGCUCAUUGCCAACGCAAAGACUCGCCCGAAUGGCGCAAAGGACCCGGUGGUCCUAAAUCUCUUUGUAACGCGUGUGGCUUACGUUAUGCAAAACAAGUGAGCAGUACUGGGACACCAUCCGUAACGUCGUCACCCAGUGUCA